AUGUCUUCCCAGAUCCCCCUAGAGCAUGUACCCCACCCAUACGAGGUUAACAAUAAACCUUUCUAUAUCCAUAAAACCACACAGGAUGUUCAAAUUCCUACCGGAAAGCUUGCCCCUCUCCGAACUCUAGACGAAUUGAAGGCAGCUGUCCAAACCACCGAAAUUUAUAUCCUACCUAUACCUGCAAAAUCAGUCAACUCCGUCCUUAAUUCUCUCCGUGAAUUACUCCCCGAGUCCCACCCGCUGCAGCACCUCCGCCGCCUUGUAAAGCCUUCGUUUCUUCCUGUUUCAGUGGCCGAGAAGAUCCCGCCUAUUGCCACAACAAAAUCGGCUGUUAUGUACAUGCUCGUCUGCCCUACCGAGGCCAUAGCCCUUCCCGGGCUACAAUCGUUCUUGUCCGCACUUCCUGUGUUCACGGAAGACGGGGCAGAGGGCCCGCAAAUCAGUAUUAUCCCUGUCCCAUCAUGCCAGCCCAUCUCGGCCGCACAGGCGCAGGAGUGGUCAGAGAAAUACUGGCCGACAGUGUACAAGCGCGGGAACCCCUACGGGCCGCAUCCGGCGAUUGUAGAGAACGCGGCAAAUAAGCUUGGGAGGGCGGGUGAGUAUAUACAGCUUGCCCGAAGCGCUGGAGCUGCAGUUGCAGAUCUGGAUAUUGGUGAGCCUUUUGGGUGCGUUAUUGUUAAUCCAGAGACGGGGGAAGUUGUGGCUGCAGCUGGAGAUGGAAGGUGUAAGGGUGAUAAAGAGUGGGGAAACCCGCUGAAUCAUGCAGUGAUGAGAGCUGUUGCUAUGGUUGCACAGAAAAGACUUGAAACAGGUGAGGAGGUCAUGCCAAACAACCCAUGUAGACCCUUGACGGAGCUUGAGAGAGUAUACUUUGAGGCCAAAACUACAACCACUACUACUACUAUAACUCCAUUUGAGUUGGUGGAGACUGCGGAGACUGCGGAGAAUGAAGAAAAUGGAGAAAAUGGAGAGGGGUAUCUAUGUCAUAAUAUGCAUGUAUACCUCUCCCAUGAACCAUGCGUUAUGUGUGCCAUGGCUCUGCUUCAUAGCAGAGUUGGGGUUGUUGUAUUUGGACAGAAGGUUCCGAAGACAGGGGCACUAAUGGCUGAAGGUGAAGAUGGAGAGGGGACCGGGUAUGGCUUGUUUUGGAGAAGGGAACUUAACUGGAAAUUUUUAUGUUGGCAAUGGGUGGAUGAACUGCAUGAGAAGAUAAAAGAAGGGAUAUCUGUAUAG